UAAAUGUGAUAUUUGUUUUAAAGGGUUUACUCAAAGGUGCACCUUAGCUAACCAUAUGAAAAUACAUGCUGUUCAUUGUAAAGUAUGCCAUUUUGCAAAUUGCCGAUGUCAUUUACAGAAAUACUCACCAAAAGGUGAAUUUGCUGCAUCAAAAAACAUACUACGAAAGUUUUUAGUAAAACAAACGGAAAUUAAACCUGAUAAACAUAGUGUAAAUAGCACAAUGGAUAAUGUCAGUAAUCAUUUAAGCAAUGAUCAGGAACCUAAAAGAACCGAAACCUGUGGCAUAUGUUGUAAAGAGUUUAAGGGAAAGAAAGUAUUCCUGAUACAUAUGAGAACACACACAGGAGAACAACCUUAUAAAUGUGAUAUUUGUUUUAAAGGGUUUAUUGGAGAGACAAAAUUACAGUUACAUAUGAGAACACAUACUGGAGAAAAACCUUAUAAAUGUGAUAUUUGUUGUAAAGCUUUUGGCCGUAGAACCUCCUUAACUAGACAUAGGAACAUACAUCAUGGUCAUCCACAGAGCCAAAUACCAAAAAGGGACAUAAGAAUUAAUGCAGCAUCAAAAAACAAACUACAAGAAUAUUUCAGAAAAAAUAACGGAAAAACUCCUGAUAAAUCUGGUGUAGAUAUGCAUUUCAGAAAUGUUGUUGACAAUGGUCAGGAUCCCACAGGAACUAAAACUUCAAAUGAACAAAAUAUAUGUGUUGUGAAUGAUAAAAGCUUUAGUCUAGAUAAACAGUCAUUACUACAUGUACUACCUAAGAGGAAAGAGACUUCUGAUAACUUACCUUUUACAUGUAAGAUAUGUGAUAAAGGGUUUAAGGGAAAGCUAAGAUUGCAAGUACAUAUGAGGACACACACUGGAGAAACACCUUAUAAAUGUGAUAUUUGUUUUAAAGGGUUUACUCAUAGAUGCACCUUAGCUAACCAUAUGAAAAUACAUGCUGAUCAUUGUAAUGUAUGCGAUUUUGCAAAUUGCAGAUGUCAUUUACAGAAAUACUCGCCAAAAACUGAAUUUGCUGCAUCAAAAAACAUACUACGAAAGUUUUUAGUAAAACAAACGGAAAUUAAACCUGAUAAACAUGGUGUAAAUAACACAAUGGCUAAUGUCAGUAAUCAUUUAAGCAAUGAUCAGGAACCCACAAGAACUGAAACUGAAAAUGAACAAUUUAUAUGCGGUGUAUGUGGUGAAAUCUUUAGUGGGGAUACAAUAUUAGUACUACACAUGAAAAAACACGCUUGUGAUAUAACUAACACCAUGGCUAAUGACAGAAAUGAUAUUAGCAAUGAUCAUGAUCACACAAUAUCAAAUACUGAUCAAGAUAACCAUGAUCACACAAUAUCAUAUAAUGAUCAACAUCACCAUGAUAAUCAUGAUCAUGAUGAUCACACAAAUUUUAAUACUGAUCAAGAGUUCACAAUAUCAUAUAAUGAGCAAGAUCACCAUGAUCACACAAUAUCAAAUACUGAUCAAGAUUACACAAUAUUAAAUACUGAUCAAGAGUUCACAAUAUCAUAUAAUGAUCAAGAUCACCAUGAUCACCCAAUAUCAAAUACUGAUCAAGAUCACACAAUAUUAAAUACUGAUCAAGUGUUCAUAAUAUCAAAGAAUGAUCAACAUCUCCAAGAUCACACAAUAUUAAAAACUGAUCAAGAGUUCACAAUAUCAAAGAAUGAUCAACAUCACCAUGAUCACCCAAUAUCAAAUACUGAUCAAGAUCACACAAUAUUAAAUACUGAUCAAGAGUUCACAAUAUCAAAGAAUGAUCAACAUCACCAUGAUCACACAAUAUCAAAUAUUAAAAUUGAACAAUUUUUAUGUGGUGUCUGUCGUAAAAGCUUUAGUGAAGAGAAUAAAUUACGACUACACACAAAAAUUACACACAAAUCAUUAUUAUCUGUGAUCACGUGAUGAACCUGUUAGACCAUGUGAUGAACCUUUUAUAUCACGUGAUGAACCUUUUAGAUCAUGUGAUAAACCUUUUAGAUCAUGUGAUGAACCUUUUAGAUGUAACAUAUGAUGUAAAUGAAUUUAGGUUAAAUGGAAAGUACAACUUACAACUACGUGUAAUACCCGAAAUUAACCUGACGAAAAUGACAGAUUUCUAAGCAAAUGUACAAUUUAACUGGUGUUUAUUUGAUGUACUCUAAAAUAAUUAAAGUAUUAUUUUUUACCUUUUGAAAUUGUAAAUUUAUCAAUUAAAAACUCUUGUAUAUA